UUAGGUUGUAGUUAAUAUAGUAUUUAUAUGACUAUUUCUCUCUAUACCAUUUGUAUUUCAUAUACAUUUGACUAUUGGAUGUUCUUAUAGGCACUAUAGUAUUGCCAGUGUAACAGUAUAGCUUCCGUCCCUCUCCUCGUCCCUACCUUGGCUCGAACCAGGAACACAUUGACAACAGCCACACUCGAAGCAGCAUUACCCAUGCAGAGCAAGGGAAACAACCACUCCAAGUCUCAGAGCGAGUGACGUUUGAAACGCUAUUAGUGAGCACCCCGCUAACUAGCUAGCCAUUUCACAUCGGUUACACCAGCCAUUAGGCUAAUAGGCUUGAAGUCAUAAACAGCGCUGUGCUUGCGAAGAGCUGCUGGCUUACGAGCCUGCUGCUGCCUACCAUCACUCAGUCAGACUGCUCUAUCAAAUCAUAGACUUAAUUAUAACAUAAUAACACACAGAAAUACGAGCCUUUGGUCAUUAAUAUGGUCGAACUAUCAUUUUGAAAACAAAACUUUAUUAUUUCAGUGAAAUACGGGACCGUUCGCUAUUUUAUCUAACGGGUGGCAUCCCUAAGUCUAAAUAUUCUUGUUACACUGCACAACCUUCAAUGUUAUGUCAUAAUUACGUAACAUUUGGGCAAAUUAGUUCGCAAUGAGCCAGGUGGCCCAAACUGUUGCAUAUACCCUGACUCUGCGUGCAAUGAACGCAAGAGAAGUGACAAUUUCACCUGGUUAAUAUUGCCUGCUAACCUGGAUUUCUUUUAGCUAAAUAUGCAGGUUUAAAAAUAUAUACUUCUGUGUAUUGAUUUUAAGAAAGGCAUUGGUGUUUAUGGUUAGGUACAGUCGUCCAACGAUUGUGCUUUUUUUACAAAUGCACUUUUGUUAAAUCAUCCCCCAGCGUUGCAUCGAUUAUAUGCAAUGCAGGACACGCUAGAUAAACUAGUAAUAUCAUCAACCAUGUGUAGUUAUAGCUAGUGAUUAUGAUUGAUUGUUUUUUAUAAGAUAAGUUUAAUGCUAGCUAGCAACUUACCUUUGCUUACUGCAUUUGCGUAACAGGCAGUCUCCUCGUGGAGUGCAACGAGAGGCAGGUGGUUAUAGCGUUGGACUAGUUAACUGUAAGGUUGCAAGAUUGGUUCCCCCGAGCUGACAAGGUUAGACUCUUUCGUUCUGCCCCUGAACAAGGCAGUUAACCCACUGUUCCUAGGCCGUCAUUGGAAAUAAGAAUGUGUUUAUAACUGACUUGCCUAGUUAAAUAAAGGUAUAAAAAAUAUGUAAAAAUCGGCACCCAAAAAUACCCAUUUCCGAUUGUUAUGAAAACUUGAUUUCGACCCUAAUUAAUCGGCCAUUCCGAUUAAUCGGUCGACCUCCAAUACAUACAAUGUCUCCAUUCUCUCAAGGCUUAAAGAUCCUUCUGUCUCCCCGUCAUCUACACUGAUUGAAGUGGUUUUAACAGGUGACAUCAAUACGGGUUCAUAGGUUUCACCUGGAUUCACCUGGUCAGACAAUGUCAUGGAAGAGUAGGUGUUCUUAACCUUUUUGGGAUAGGGGGCAGCAUUUUCACUUUUGGAUGAAUAGCGUGCCCAGAGUGAACUGCCUCUUACUCUGUCCCAGAUGCUAAUAUAUGCAUAUUAUUAUUAGUAUUGAAUAGAAAACACUCUGAAGUUUCUAAAACUGUUUGAAUGAUGUCUGUGAGUAUAACCAAACUCAUGGCAGGCAAAAACCUGAGAAAAAAAUCCAACCAGGAAGUGGAAAAUCUGAGGUUUGUAGUUUUUCAACUCAGCCCCCAUUGAAGAUACAGUGGGAUAUUAAUUAUGUUUCACUUCCCAAGGCUUCCACUAGAUGUCAACAGUAUUUAGAACCUGUUUUGAGGAUUCUACUCUUAAGGGGCUCAUAAGAGCUCUUUGAGUGAGUGGUCUGGCAGAGUGCCACAGCCUCAGUCUGGCGUGCUCACAUGAAAGGUAGCUAUGUUCCACUUCAUUUGCAUAGACAAAGGAAUUGUCCGGUUGGAACAUUAAUGAAGUUGUAUGUUAAAAACAUCCUAAAGAUUGAUUCCAUACUUAGUUUGGCAUGUUUCUACGGGCUGUAAAGGAACUUUUUGAACUUUUCGUCCAACGCGACCUGAACACGCUUUUGGAUUUGUUUACCAAAUGCCCUAACAAAAGAAGAUAUUUGGACAUAACUGAUGAACAUUAUCGAACAAAUCAAACAUUUAUGGUGGAACUGGGAUUCCUGGUAGUGCAUUCUGAUGAAGAUCAUCAAAGGUACGAAGGCAGACAAAGUUUACAGAUAUGAAUCUGUAAGGGAACCCACAACAUGGCAAGCACACAGCAAUCUGCUUUUGAGUAUGUCCAAAAUGGCAGAGCUCUUCUUGAGGGUCACCUCCAGAAACCCUCCUUGGUCGUUGAUGAGUUGCGAAAGAAUAACAUCUUCAGCGAAAAACAAGUUAGAGAAAUUAAAUCCCAUAAAAAGAGGUCUGUCAAAACCAGAAAGAUGCUGGACAUGGUUAUCAAGAAAGGGGAAUAUGCCAGUUAUGAACUGUUAAAAAUAUUGUACAACACAAGGAACCAAACCUUACCAAGAACAAACCCUACCCAGAAUCAACCUCGCCACCCAGAUUUACAUCAAUGGAUCAGCUGCUUUUCGUUUACAGAUGACCCAGAUUUACAGAGUGGCCUCGUCUCUGAAUCAGGGCCUUGUGAGAGGUACAAAAGGCAGCUGCGAACGAAAGCCAUUGAGUUUCUUCAUGCAAAAUGGGACCAGCAAAUGCAUUUCCUCAAAGACAAGGCAAAAUUCAAACCCUUUACUUACAUUCCUGUCGUAAUGGACACCGACUUGAGUGAGUUGUCCAAAACUAAAAGCAAGUACAAAAAAGCACGCUCUAAGAAACUUAAGACUUACAUUCCAAGAGACAAGGGAAAACUGUCCCCUGGUCACUUACUGGAAAGCAGUGAGAAAAAGAUUCUACUUGUUGGUAAACCUGGCAUUGGAAAGACAACUGUUGUCCAGCAAGUUUUAAAUAUCUGGGCAGAGAAUGAGAAUCCUCAAGAGAGUUAUAUGUUCUACUUUGAUGAGCCUUCGAUGAGAUCAAUGUCUCACUCUUCACAGCCCUCAUCCUUGAGGUCUCUGCUGUUUGAAAGAUAUCUUAAGCCAGAGGAAGGCACAGAGGAUGUGAUGCUGUGUGAUAUUCAAAAUAAUUCAGAAAAUGUUAUCUUUGUGUUUGAUGGGAUCAUGGAUGUGAUUGGCAACCCCGUGCUAAAUAACAUUUUGGCAAAAGAACUUCUGUGUGAUGCCAAGAUUCUGACCACGUGCAGACCAGAGGCAGAAGACUGCGAGUUUUUAUCUGACUGGCCGUCUUACAGAGUGGAGGUCCAAGGAUUCAGCAAUGAGUCCAUCCAUGCUUACUUAAAGUGGAUGUUAGGCACUGAGGAUGACUAUGUUUGUAGUGUUGCGAGCAACGACGCACUAUUCAGUCUAUGCCAUGUCCCAAUGUACGCUUUCAUAGUGACUGCUUGUAUUUCAUUUAGUCCCUGUGAGGCUAAAAACCACCCAUGCACCAUAACAGAAAUGUAUGUGCGGAUCUUUCGUCAUUGCAUGAAAAGACAUGGUGACCAAAAUGUUGAGUAUCUGGAUAAGUACAUUCAUGACAAUAUGGGGAACAUCAAGUUUCUAGCUAUAAACUCUUUCCAAGCAUUACUUGCGAAAACCGUAAACUUGACAGAAAUGGAUUGCAAGGACAACAGUGUUCAACAUGCGUUCUUGACAUCCAGUGCAGCAAAGGAAUCGUCAACUGGCCAUUCGUUUGCUUUUCUCCACAACACGAUGCAGGAGUUUUGGGCUGCUCUUUUUCUGUUGAUGACACCUGGAAACAUCACCUCCGUCCUUCAACAGUGUCAGACAGAAGAAGGAAAGUACUUGAAGUACAUUGUGUCCUUCCUCUGUGGACUCUUGUCCAGUGACAUUGCUGAAUUGAUUAACUGUGUAGUGCCAGAAGACCAGAUAAGGGAAAUAUCUGACAUAUACCUUGAGAAAGUCAUAGACACCUUCCUCGGGUCUGCAAUACUACAGGGACAUGAGUCCCAUACCGAGUUGGAUGCUGAUCUCCUCUUCGUUUGCCAGUGCUUGUAUGAGCACCAGUCACCCGAAGCCUGUUCACUCCUUCUACAAAAAGUGGAGUAUGAGCUUGAUCUCAGUGGACAAUAUCUUGAUCCUCAACAGUGCUGUGCCGUGUCAUAUGUGAUCAACCAGUCCACAAACAGGAAUGUCCGUCUUUCCCUGAUUGACUGCACUUUCUCUGAUCCAGGAUUGAGGCUGAUUCUGGGCUCUUUGAAAAAUCUUCAAUGUCUCAGAUUGGAUCCCACUACACAAUGUCAGGUGUGGAAAGCUGCUCUUCACUCAGGGAACCCGAGUGACUCUGAAGGCUUGCUAAGACUGUGUGAAUAUGAAAUUCACUUAAGAGUCAUGGAGCAACAGGACCAAAAGGUGUGGGAGAGAGUGGGAGAGGUCCUGAAGCGCAAGAGACCAGAGAAGGUCAAACUCUGUCUACAUUUGGUUGACAACUCACUGCAUGCAGCUGAUUCCUUGGGAAAGAGCAUAUUUGACCAUUUGCCAAACGUUGAGGCUAUCAGGUUUGUUGAACCUGUUGAUCUGAGACAAUCAUUAGUGGCAUGGAAAAUGGAGGUGAGGUCAUUCCAGCAGGAUAUCUUGCUGCACGGGGCUCUGUACCAGAUGGCGACAGGACUGGAACGGGUAGAGGACCUGCAAGCAGUGCUUUGUCUGGCUAGCACAUGUUCUUUAGAGGAGCAGAGCAAAUUCAUUUUGAGUUUGUACCAACAUAUAGGAAAAUAUGAGAAUGAUGAAGGUGUAGCAGUUCUACCAACAUUGCAGCCAGUUUUCAAGUCAUUUCCUGCAGUCUGGUACAUACACUUUGCUGAUACGAAGGCCUCUGUCCUCCUUGAUGUGAUGAAACUCCAAAACGUGAAGAAACCAGUGGAGCUGUGGUGGUCAAAUGAUGAGUGUGACAUGAACCUCAUUCAUUGUUUGCCUUAUAUUUCACAGCUAAGGUUCAAUGACUGCAUUCUGAUCCAGUAUGAUGACACUAAAGGAACCAUUGAAGGCCUUUUGAAACUAUUCUGUUUUGCAAAGCAGUGUCAGCUUGAAACAGGAGAGGAGACACUGAGGAUGCUGUCGACGGUAUGCAGCUACUCAAACUUCCCUUUUGCGAGUGAUAACAAAGACGAACAGAGUGAUUUUCUGCUAGAUUUAUACUCCUCUGCAAAGUCAUUUGAACUUGAAUUGGAGGGCCAAAUUCUCCCAUCAUUGUUGACAGUCUUUCAGUCAGCUCAGCCUGCAGCCUGGGUCCUUGACCUCGGUACAGACAAGGCCUCCAUCCUACUUGAGGUGCUGAAACUCCAAACAGAGAAGAAACCAGUUAGACUGAAGGGCUGGCUAGAAACUGAUAAAAGCAAAAUAGGGAGUUUUCUUCGGUGCCUACCAUACAUUUCACAACUGAGGAUUAUUCCUCAAGAUGAGAGUGAUACAGAGGUGAAGAUGCCUACACUGACUUCUGAGCAACUAAAGAGAUACUUCCUUUUGCACCUGCUUGAUCAUGGAGAUCUGGACAACACUGAGACAGGACAGAGCUCUGUUGAUGAACUGUUGUCAGUUCUUGGGUUUGCUCAUUCAGACGACUCUCCAGAAAGGUGCUUGUUUCUGUUAGAUCUGUUCUCACAUGGGAAAGACUACGAGACUCAAACAGGCAGAAAAGUUUGUCACGCAUUACUUCCUGUUUAUCGGUCAGCCCCUGCAGUCUGGUCCAUAGACCUCUCGGAGAGAAAGGGCUCUCUAAGCUGUGAUGACCAGUUCCAGCUGUCUCUGUGGGGUGCACUCCCUGUCGGCUCAGAAUGGGAUGCACAGCUAGCCUCCUCACUCCUCCAGGCCCUAGACUACACCAUCACAUUGUCAGGGUGGUUGCCCACUGUAACCUGCAAGGCAGUAGGUGCAGUCCUAGGCCAAUCUGCCCCUGGAGAAAAACUCAACGUCAGUCUCAUCCCAGAUAGUAUCUCAUUCCAAGGAGCUGCAUUACUCUUCAAGCAAGUGAAAGAGUUUCACAAACUUAAGGUAAACGAAAUGUCAACAGCAAAGCUGGCCAGAUUGGCAAGGUCAAUGACAUGCCGAAGACCAAUGGUCGUUGAGGAGCUGACUCUGGUCUUGUCUAGGUCAAUUCCAAAAGAAGGGGUGCAGUGUAGAGUGCUCAGUGGUUUAGCUUUACUCCUUAGAGUUUGGACUGUAAGGGUCUUAAAUCUGAUAGACUGUCCAAUCCAGGGUUUCCUUCUCACUACCUUGUUGUGUCAUCAGGGUCCACUCACUAUCAGGCAAGUUUCUAGAUCUUCUUCACACUUGAAAAAAUAUGGACUUUUGUUUUGUGAGGUGUGCUAUUGUUUUGAAAGAUGGGUUUGUGUAUGUUUCCAUGACAGACUGGGUAAGGAGACUCUGCAGCAGCUGGCUGUUGUGGUGUAUGAGGCUCAGGAUGAGGAACUGACCCAAUGCUUUCUGGAAAAGUCGGGUAGUGAUCUGUCUAACUGUACACUGGACUGGGAUGUGCUUCACUACCUUCUGAAGACCACCACACAACCCAUCACCAUCAACCUCAGGAGGAGCAGAAUCAGAGACCAAUACAUACCUUAUCUCCUCCCUUUGCUGAAGAAUGUUCACUUUCAAAGGACAAGCUCCCAGUUUGAGAGGACAGCUCUGAGAGAAAUACAUGAGCAACGUGCUGGUCACUUGGUGAACAGUUUAGUGAAGUCAUCAGAUGACUGGAUCGACCUGAACAACCUGGUUUUGAACCAUGAUGACUGUGAAGCGCUUCGUUUUGCCCUGCACUACAGUGAUGGUGUCAAACUCAACUUGUUGUUGACCAUCAUUCCAAAGGAGGAAAUGGAGAGCAUUCUGACUCUUCUACACAGAGUCUCUGAGCUCAGGGUCGAAAGGAAACUAUUGUUGGAGCUGCUCCAUACCUGUGCAGGAUUGAGAAGGAGGAGAGGAGUGGCACCUACACUCCUGACACUGCUGCAUCACAAACUGGACCUCUCCUGCUCCUCUGCCAUGGACCUGUUUGGGCAGGAGAAGACUGUUUUGAGCCUCAGUUUUGGAGACUGUAGGGUCAUCUCCGCGGCCAUCCAGGAAGCUGAUGGUGACACAGAGCUGAUCCUACACGACUGUCAUGUUGAGGAUGAAGGAAUAGAGGAGCUGUUUCAUGUUUUGCACAGGAUUCAUAUGAGCUUUGGAAAACCUCUUCUGCUGCAACUCCUGCACUUGAUAUUUGUGGAAGAUUGCGACAGGUCAGUGAGGCUUGCUUCAUUACUCUCCAGAGCCCUAGAAAAGAAGGUGGACCUCAGUCAUAGCCCUUUAGACUCGAGGGCCUGUUCAACACUUGCCUUGGUUCUAGAACACUCGGAAGGGCUUUCCGAGCUGGACCUCAGUGACUGUCACCUCACUGACACACACCUGGAUGUGCUGCUCCCACAUCUGCACAAAGUUCAAGUCCUGAAUCUUUGCAAUAAUGAAAUCACCAACAAAGGUGCUGUGAAACUCAACCUAUACAUGAUCGGCAAUAGCUUCACAGAAACUGUAUGGCUCUCCAACAACAUGAUUACUGAGUUUGACAUCUUAUUGGAGGACAACCGCUACAAACUGUGGCCAGCUCAUGUGGAGCCUGGGUGGCACGAUCAGCGCGUUACUUCCCUGGGAUCUACCGCUGUGACAAAUGAGACCUCUAAAAAAAAAACCCUCAUUGAAGAAUUUGACCCUGACAAAACAAUAACAGACAAGAUUACCUACAGGUUCCAGUGUGGGUCUCGUGGCAGGUUUCACUGCAGAGCUACAGGGCUGGUUUUUGGGAUGAGGGGGGCAGGAAUUGUGGAGUACAGUGUGGUCCACUGGGACAGGGAUAUGCUUGCUAACACCAGCUAUGAGCCUGCAGGCCCCCUGUUUCAACUCAGGAGUCCAGAGGGACAUAUGUACCAACUACAUCUACCUCACUGCGAGGUUAAGGUGUCUGCAGCUGAGAACCUUCUUGUGGCCCACAUAUGCAGAAAGAACAGGGAGUUCUUAAUACCCAAGGUGACACACUCACACCUGAUUGUAAGCAUUAGUGGGCUUUCAAAUUAUGGAAAAGCUCGUAAAAAACAAUCCAACAGCAACCGUAUCCAAGGACAGGUGCUACUGUUCCUUGAGCCUGAAGCAACUCCAGAAGAGCAACGGCUCUGGGUGUUCCUGCUGCCCCGAGACAUGCCGCCAGACCAGGUGGAAAAUCAGCACAAAGAGUUCACAUUCAUUAAGACCAGCUCAUCCUGUAUACUGACACCCACAGCCAAAUAUAGUGUGACUUCUGACCUCAAACAAGGCUUUCUUGUUCAACCCAAAAAAUACACUUUGCACAUUGCACAUUGCACAUACCAACACGCCACCUUUGAGGUCUUCUUGAACCGUAGUAUCACAGAACUCAAUAUGAAAAUUCUGGAGACAAAGCUAAAGACGAGGAAACGCUGGUGUCGCCGAGUGAUUCUCAACACACCACGGGAUAAUGCUGCUAAGAUGAAAAGAUUCAAUGAGCAGCAGUGGAUAAAGAACCUGUGUGACAUACUGGGAGAACUGUCAAAGGACCAAAAUAAGAAGCUUAAGUCAAUGAUGAGGAAUAAGGAACAAAAGCCAAUCACCAAGAGUGCUUUGGAGGGACGAAAAAGCCCUGAGGAGCUUGCAGAGCUGAUGGUGGAGACCUGGGGGAUGCAUGACUCCAUCAAGGCCACCAAAGAGUUCAUGGAGAGACUGCCACGCAAUGAUGAUCGAGUGACCUCCUUGCUGCAGCCAUUCUUGUAGCAUUUUGGUAAAGGGUGGGAGAUUAUGGAAGUGUGGUGGCUACCUGCAAAAAACUAUGCGAGUAUGCUCUUACAAGGUCCAAAACUCAGGGAAAAUCAAAUCCAUUGGAAAUGAUGUAAUGAACAGAGCAUUUAGAGAACAACUAUAUUGUAUUGCAGUUGUCUAUAAUUUUGUAAACCUUUUGGGGAAAAAUCAAGUUCAGUUGAACAAUAUUUUGAGAUUUUAUGUAUAUUUCUAUAUUUGAAAACUUUUUUUAAUCACUGAAAUAUGUACAGUAUGACCAACGACAACUUUGUCGUUCAAUGUAUAUUUAUAUUUGUAAACUUUUUUUUCAACCACCAGAAUAAUAUGUAAAGUAUGACCAAUUACUUUUUCUACCUGUUUGAAUCUUGGUGUUGUCUCAUCCACACAUUCUGAUAAAACCAUGAAUCUAAUCCGUGGCCAAUUAUUUUUCUACCCUUUCACUGUCAUAAUGGUACAAAUCUUUGCCGCAAAUCCUAAAACUAGUAUGUAUGAUUAUUGCUAUCCUCAUUUGACAUCAGGAAAGACAAAAAUGCCAAAACCCUCAUCAUUAGUUCUUGAUAUUAACCAAUUGCCUACACUGUUGUGCUUGUUUUUUAAUUUAAUUUUUUUUUUUUUUUAAAUGUGCUUUUCUAUGCAAUAAAGAUUAGUGUACACACUGAGCAAUAACCUACAAUAUUGGUAGGCCUAAACCUAAUAUUUUGUUGAUUAAAUACAUUAUUUAGAUUGUAAAUUGCAAUAUUGAACUCUUCUUAUACAAUAAACUGCAGUCAACAGACUGCACU